AUGAAUGUACCAACAAUAAGCCAUAAAGCCUACAAGGUUCGUGAACGGGAAGUAGGUUCUUGUGUUGAGGCUUUGGUGAAAGAGAGCUGUAAUGAUGUUAUCUGCAAAGAGAAAAAUAGCAAUGUUGAAAAUGAAAAGGAUGGUGUGACCGAGAUGGCUGCAUCGUAUGACAUGGGAUGGCAAAAGCGAGGAAAGGGUCACAAUUCCACAACUGGGCAUGGUGCAGUUAUGGGUUUGUGUACGGGAAAAGUGAUGGAUUAUGCCACUAGAUGCAAGAACUGCAGGUUUUGUGAAGAAGCCAAGGCUAAGGUGAAACCAGCUACAGCACAUGACUGCAGGAAAAAUCACUCUUCAAAGGCUCUUCAAAGUCAUUGGAACGUUCUGUUGCAUGUGAACUAUGGAACAAAGCAUUGUCAAACACAAGAUAUACCAUAUACAUUGGUGAUGAUGAUACAACCACACUAAGCCACAUGCACGAGAAAGUACCCUAUGAUGUUGAGAAAUGGUCUGACAUUACACAUGCAAAAAGGUCUCUAACAACCAAAUUAUAUAACAUUAGCCAAGGAAACAAGUUUAAAGACAGUUCUCCACUUUCACAAAAAGUUAUCAACUAUCUUGAAAAAUGUUUUAGUUACUGUGUUGCUCAGAACAAAGGAAAUCCUUCGCAGCUUAAGAAAUCUCUGUCACAAAUUGUCCCACAUGCCUUUGGUGACCACACUUUAUGCGACUCAUCUUGGUACAGAUUUAUUGAGAACCCAGCUACCUACACACACAAUGAUCUGCCACAUGGUAAAGACCUCCAUGGUGUCGUGAACAACUCAAGAAAGUCUUAACAGAACUCUUCAAUGAAUAUUGUACUGACACUGUUAUAUCAAAGUUAAAAUGAAUCACUAAACAGUGUAAUAGACAAUUCCCAUUAUAGACUAAUAUUAAAACUAGGCAAGGAGAUGCAAAUAAAUCACCACAGCUGGAAAGAGCAAUACUAAAAUGAGUAAAAUUACAAAAUUUGGUUGCGAAAUGUUGUAAAAUGCGAAUAAUAUAGCCCUGCAAAGUUUGCAAAUUUUGUAUACUUUUGUAUUGCGUGCGACAUUUUCGGCCUAAAUGUGGUAGGAAUGUGGUAGGAAUUUCCGCAGGCAAUACAAGAGUAUAUAAAAUUUGACAACUUUACAAGGCUAUAUUUUCCUCAUUUUACAACAUUUCGCAACCAAACUUUGUAAUUUUACUAAUUUUAGUAUGCUCUUUCGAGCUGUGCUGAUUUAUUUGGGUUUCCUUGCCUAAUUUUAAAAUUAGUUAUAAUGGGAAUUGUCUUAUUGGUACAAAGAACCCGAAGACAAGAUAUUAUGGUGGCAGUGAAAGCAGUGAUUUUCGUGUUGCAUGUGGAAUUGCACAAGUAAAUGUUGGAUAUGGCUACAUCAAUACAUUGGAAAGACUAAACAUUAAACCUGGAGAAUUUUGCACAACUUAUGUGACUAAUAUGGACAAAAAAACAGCCACUGCCAAAUUAAGAAAAGGACAGAAAAAUCUAAGUAUCGUAGAAAUCAACUACGUCGUCAAAAAAUUCAAAGCUUGCAAAGAGUGAGAAGAAAGAAGGCAAAACAUAUGAGUCAAAUAUCGGACUUAAUCUACAGUUACCAAAUUCUGAUAACACAUCAUUUGACCCUCUACACAUCACUGAAUCUGUAACCGAAGAGCAACAUCAAAGGUAUGAGAAACUAGUUCCAGAGUUCUGCCAAAAACCACCAAGCAAAGCUAUUGCAUAUGAUCCAGAAAAAUGCUAUAAGUUCAUAAUGUUUGAUACCGAGACAACGACCACAGGGUUACAGGCAGAGAUUUGUCAGCUCUCAGCUAUUGAUGAUGAUGGACAAAAUGAAUUUUCAUGUUAUAUUAUGCCUGAAGGAGAUGUAAGCAAGUAUGCAUCCGAAGUAAACAAACUAGAAAUAUCCAGUAUAAACGGGCAAAGGGAACUCUGCCACAAGGGGGAGCCGGUAAGAUGUACAACAAAGAACCAAGCCCUGAAUUCAUUUGCAUAUUACAUCACUAAGGUAAACCACAACAAUGAUGAAAAUAAUAAUGUAAAUAAUAUACCUGUUCUCGUCGGACAUAAUUCAUUAGUGCUCGAUGUUCCGAUUCUUUUGCGUACAUCCACUCCAGAAUUCAUCCAAACACUAAAGGAACUUAUAACGUCCACUUUGGAGACAGUUUAGUUCUUGCAAAGCAACUCUUGAAAGCACAACAUCCUGAAAUUCGUGUGGAUUCAUCUGGGAAAUGUUGUCAAGUUUCAUUGGAGUGUCUGUAUUCAACCUUUUUUGACGAAUCAUUUCCAGCACAUGACGCUAGAGAAGAUGUUAAAGCUCUACAAAGGGUACUCUUCCAGUCCAAGUUAAAGUUGACUAAAGAAAUGUUAAUUUCAAGAUCGAAGGUCAUUUCGUGUGAAAAUGCAUUGGAGCAACUCCAGUAUAAUGAUGCCUGUAACGUUCGACUUCAAACUUUCUCCGGUAAUUUGUACAAUCAAUCUAAGAAUAUAAAAGGCAUAAUCACAAAAUCCAUGGUCAAGAAGAGAGCAGAAAGCGGUAUAACGUACCAAAACCUCGUUGACUUGUUUCGACAGGCUGGAAGAAAGGGGAUCGUUUCGAUUCUGCCAGAUCGACGAAACCACGAGUAACCAGUAACCGACGUAUCUUGAAUGCUAUAUGCUCCUUUUUUACAACAUAGUACUGUGGAUCACCAGUUGAAAAUACUGUAAAGUUUUUGUAAACUUGAAAUCGGUCUGCCAUACUGUACAGUCUUUUCAAUAAUAAAACGAUAUAUUUAAUUACACUUUCACGCUUCGAUAUUUUCUAAUCACAAGCAAACCCAAGAGUAUUUAGUAGCAUAAAUAGUUUAUAAGUAAACAAGUACUGUUCUAAACUUCAUGUUGUUGUCUAUUUGAUUUCAAUACAAGUAUAAAAAUCCGAGUAAAAACGUAAAAAGAGGGGGGCAAGGGGUCUCGUCACGAAAUCACGUCAUUUUUCGAUUUCACGAGUCACGAAAAACAAAAUUUCAUUUUCACGAUUUUUAGAAACACAGAAGCGUAACAAAGUCUAAAACCAUUUAACACAAACUGACUUUAACAUUAGAGCCGUUUAAAGGACAAUAGAAAUCAUUGCGAGGCAUUACGAGCAUCGUACGAUGGUUCACCAGGCUUUAUUUUAACGUGCAGUUCUACACAAAAUGUGCAGUUCUUAACCCAUUUGUGCAGUUCUUAAAACUCAAAUGUGCAGUCAUCAAAUUAACAAAAAUAUAACCUCAAAACAGUCUUUCAUCUACUCGUUUUCCUUGUGGAUGCUCCAGAUGCCAGAAAUGCCGUCAUUGAGCAUCAAGAAUCUAAAUGUUUUCUGGGAGAGGACCACCAGACCCUCAUAUUUUCCUCACAAAUCACAUAUGUGCUGGGGUAAUGGAACAGAAA